CACGGCCACUCUGCACCGAGCGGAGUCAGCUGUUGCUGGAAUUUACAUAUUUGACUGCACGGCCUGCGCUCCUCAGAUGGUAAACAUCGAACAGCCUGGGCAUCCGCAUCCGCACCCGUACCCAUGGCCACUCUGAACGAGACGCUUCGCAGCCACUGGCCCAUCGCGCUCUUCGGCUGCAUCCUUUUCGUGGCCGGGAGCACUGUGCUAUACUGGAACGAGGGACGCGCCGUCCACAACAUGAUGGCCCUGGACGAGGCGCACGCCGACAUCUACUCGGUCCGCUUCACGGAGGAGGAGCAGGAGGUGGGCCUGGAGGGCAGGAUCGUCCACCUGUCCGGCCCCAUCCUUGUGGGCGAGCCGCUCACCGAGCCGGACUACAACAUCCAGCUGCUGGCCGUCAAGCUCCGGCGCCGUGUCCAAAUGUACCAGUGGGUCGAGGAGACAGUUGAGCACAACUAUGGAGAGAGCGUGGGAUCGACGCAAUCGGACUCCCGGACCUAUUACUACACGCGGGAGUGGCGAGACAAAAUCGUGGACUCUCGGAACUUCUACAACCGCCACGGGCACAAAAAUCCCAGCCACUUUCCCAUCGAAAGCCACGUUCAGGUGGCGGAUGCCGUCUACAUUGGACGCUACGAGCUGGGCUCCGAGGUGAAGGACAAGUUCACCAACUACCAGGAGCUCACCUCGGACAUACGGCCGGAGGAUAGUAGCGUAAAGCUGCAUCUUGGCAUCUACUAUCACACCAAUGAUGUGUUCAACCCGGAAGUGGGCGACCUUAGGCUCCUCUUCAGCUUCGCGGGCAUGGAGGGCGAGGUGUACAGCGUGGUGGGCCAGUUGUCGGGCAACAAACUGGUGCCCUACAUAACUUCCCGUGGAGUUCCGGUGCUGCUCGUCUAUCCCGGAGGACUGAGUGUCCAGGAGGUAUUCCGUCUGGAGGCACGGGCACAAGUUUUACACACCUGGUGGUGGCGCUUCGUCGGCUGGCUGCUAAUCUUCUUCGGCGUCACCUGCAAUACUAAAAUUCUGCGUCUUUUGUUGGUCCGGGUUCCACUGCUAGUGGCCUUGGCUCCGGAUCCCCAGUUCCCAGUGACGGGCAACCUGCUCAUCGCCUUCUCGCUGGCCCUGACCAUUGCGGCCGUGGCCUGGAUCCUGCAUCGUCCUGUGAUCGGCGCCUGUCUCUUCCUGGCCGGCGCCUCGCCCUACGUCUGGUUCACCCGCAACCUGGUCGCCUACCAGCGACUGGAAUGAUUCUCCUCCGCACCAACUCCAUAUUAUUUACAGGUUUAUUUAUUGUUGAUUCUCCUUGUUAGGCUAACGCAGUGCCAUUUGCCACUAACCCCUCGGCCAAUAAAAACUUAACACUUAGUA